AUGAGGCUUGAUUCGAGCCUCGACUCAGUUCCCCCGAGCUUUGAGCCUAGUCGACUCGAACUUUUUUUGAGCCGAGCUACGGGCGGUCCGAGCCGACGAGCCCAAUUUCCAUCCCGGCCACUAUGGAAUAACAUCAUGGAGUGUAGAUCCAAUUAUUCCAUGCCAUGGAUGGUUUGGGGUGAUUUCAAUAAUGUGCUUAAAUUCAAUGAAAAGUGCUAUGGGGCAAAUGUAACUCCUUAUGAAGUGAAAGAUCUUGAGAAUUGUUGCUUGAGUGUUGGACUUGUAGAUUUGAGAUCGAUUGGAUGCUUCUACACUUGGACUAAUGGCUCGAUUUGGAGCAAACUUGAUAGGGCCAAGGUGAAUGAAUUUUGGAUGCAGGGGGUUUUAAUAGCUUUGCUAAUUUUCCUCCAUCGAGGUGCCUUUCCAACCACUCACCUUGCAUUGUAUCACUCUUCGGGGAAGAAAAACAUUUCUUUUAGAUUUUUCAAUAUGUGGACCAAUCAUGAAGAUUUCCAUUAUGUGGUAUCUAAUAUUUGGAAUCAAGUUGUUCGUGAUACCAAACAAUUUUUGCUCUGUAAGAAGUUGCAAGGUCUUAAAGGGGUACUAAAUAAGCUCAAUAGCAAACAUUUUGCACACAUAUCUUCAUGGGGCGAACAUGCUUCAAAGAAAUUGGAAUUGGCGCAAAAGGAUUUACAUGGUGACCCUACUAAUUCUCAAUUACAAAGUGAUGCAGCACGGUUGAGAAAAGAAGCUAUGGUACUUGGUGAAGCAAAAAGGAACUUUUAUUAUCAACAAGCAAAGUGUGUAUACUUGAAAGAAGGUGAUAAAUGCACAAAGUUCGUCCACUCGUUGGUCAAGAGAAAUGCUAAAAGGAACCAUAUUCCAGCUGGUAUUAAAAGGGAUGGUACAUACUCUUCUUCUCAAAAGGAAGUAGUGGAUAAUUCAUUCACUUUUAUAGUGAAUUGUUGGGACAAAGUAGUUUUGUCCAGCCUUUUAAUGCUGAAAUUUUGA